GGGGGCGUGUUUAAUGAGCUCGUCCCCGGCCACGUCGUCCUGGCCAAGGCCAUGCCGGCCAAAGAUCGGGCUCAUUUGAAGAAGCUCGAGGACCCGAAGAUUUAUGAGGGCGGCAUGGACCUCCUCGUCCAAAGUGCCUUCAUGCUUAUGGAAAGCCAUAAGAGGCAGUACUGGGAGAUAGCUCGCCUGCAAGCGCUGGAGCAGAAGGCUGCCUCGGCCGACGAGGCGGUAGCUUGCCUUGACCGGCUCCGGGAGGAUGCCAAGGCGCUGCAGGCCAAAGCUGAUGAAGCCGUCGCGGCCAGGGACGAUGCCCUGGUCAAGCUCGAAGAGAGCAAGAGGGAGCUCGCGGAGUCCCACAGGGCGCUUGAGGCCGAGAAGCGCAGGAGCGAGGAGGCCGCCAAGGCGAAGGCUGAGGCCGAGGCCGCCGUCGUGAAGGCUGCCGAUGAGGCCGUCGAGAAGUUCUUGGCCGAGGGGUGGAAGGCCGAUGAGAGGCUC